CUGUUUCUCUUCAGUGAGAGUUGAAAGAGUGUCUGCUGCUGCUGCUGCGGGUCUGCUUGGAGCGAAGAGGAGACAGAAGAAGAAGAAGAAGAAGAACAGAGAUGGAUUGGCAUGGCGACUUGAGAAGCUUCAGUAACGUCUCUUUCCCUGAAUCUUCCAUUGGCUUCCUCAACCCCAACUUCGCCCAAUACCCUCCUGGUAUGGAGCUGAAGCACCACCACCACCACCACCACAACCACCUGCCGUCGUCCUCCUCGAUGGCCGAGGCGGCCCAGAGCGACGCGGCAGCGGCAGCGGCGAUGGACAAGAAGAAGAAGCUGACGAGCGAGCAGCUGGAGAUGCUGGAGAGGAGCUUCCAGGAGGAGAUAAAGCUGGACCCGGACCGGAAGAUGCGGCUGUCCCGCGAGCUCGGGCUCCAGCCGCGCCAGAUCACCAUCUGGUUCCAGAACCGCCGGGCUCGCUGGAAGACGAAGCAGCUCGAGCGCCUCUAUGACACCCUCAAGCUGGAGUUCGACGCGGUCUCGAGGGAGAAGCUCCGGCUCCAAGAGGAGGUCUCAAGAUUGAAAGCCAUGGUGAACGACAUCCAAGCGGCCAAGAAGAAGCAAGCCUCCACCGGCUACACCGACAUCUCCGGCGACGAGACGGUGGAAAGCACUCGCUACUCCGGCGAGGUCCGCCACUGCAGCGACCUUCCGAGGGCGGUGGGAGGAGGAGGAGGAGGAGGAGGAGGAGCGACGCCGACAGCCUCGACCACCCAGCACCACCUCCUCGCGGGCUCGAGCUACCAGCUGUUCACCCUCCAAGACUACGAGUCCAACUCCUACUGGGGCGUCCUGCCGUCCUCAUACCCAUAACACUGUAACUUCUGACUCGAAGCUUGAUGAGCGUUUAAUUAAAAGCUUUUAUUAGGGUAAUGUUAGGGACUGAUCAUGGUAGCUUUUAGGAAGAAGGAAGGGGGAGUUGCCCCCUCUUGCUGUGACCUUUUGUUGAACUAUAGUAGACCUUCGGACUUAGUCAAAAACUUUAAAUUCAAGCUUCUUUA